AUGGCGACGAUCACGUCUCCACGGAGCGAGUCUCCAGCCGCGAAUGCCGUUGCACGCAUAACGUCGCCACAGAUCCCCCCCUCGCCGAGCAUCAGCGGGACGCCGGCCUCGUCGGUUCGACCGUCAAUUGAGAUCCCCGUACGUGCCAAUGCCUCCUCACCGUCCCUGCAACAGCAGCAGCAAAAUGCCACCCUUACGCCGGGCUCCACCGGCACACAAACGCAACAGCGCCGCAACCGCGCCGCGCUGCGAGACUAUUACAACCUCAAAGCCAAAGCGCAGGCGCCGUCCGGCGCCUCAGGAGGGGGAACACACAGCAUGAGCCGCACGGCGAGCAUAGCAUCCAACGCCUCGGGCUCGACAGUGACGUCCUCUGUGCUAGCGCACCAGAACACAGCCGACGCUUCGAGCCUCGGACUCCCAGCGCAACUGGACGAUCCAACAUUCGACGCGGAGGCGCACGUCGCGGAACUCCUCAAGACCGCCGGGCUGCGCGACAUCCUGCGCACGGAGAGCGUGCUUGUAAGCGAGAUCCGCACGCUGGACGGCGAGAGAAAGGCCCUCGUCUACGACAACUACAGCAAACUGAUCAAGGCGGUCGGCACGAUCGCCGAGAUGCAGAAGGGAAUGCACAAGAGAGGCGGCGGAGCGGACUACGCACAGCACCAAGCCCGAUUCGGCGCCGCUGCGCUGGGCAGAAGUGGAGGACCGAGUCCCGGCCUCGAGGGGGUGGAGCGGCUGGGCGAGAAGCUGGACGGCCUGGUCUCUGUCGUGAAAGAGCUGGCCCCUGCGGCCCCUGCGGAGGCGGACGGGGAACCAAAGGAUGGCACACACGGCAGGCUGCCGCGGACUAACAGGGAGUUGGCCGCGCAAAAGGAGACGGUCAAGUGGGCGCUUGACGCGCCCUCGAGACUGCAGGACCUGGUCGCGCGACAGGAGCAUGACGAAGCCAGACGCGAGUAUGACGCCGUGCUGGAAGCCCUCGCGCACUGGAAGGGCGUCCGCGGCGUGGAUGAGCUUCGCGAGAACUGCGCCAGUGUUAUGGUGGACGUCCGGCGGCAGUGGCGUAGGUCCAGCGACUCAGAUGAUGACGAUGAGGAGGGAGAGCACGACAGCGACGAGGAAGGGGAUGCUGACGACUCGGAUUGA